GUCAAAUUCAGCAACUUCGACGCGGUCGACUUUUUCACUCUCAGCACUCCGUUCUCCAGCACCCACCGUCAACACCAUCUAUCGAGAUACCUCAUUUCCAAAUUCCUCCCUCGAUCUGAGAAUCUCCGUGCCAAGCACAUUAUAAACCGUCAAGAUGGUUAAGACUAGUGUCCUCAACGAUGCGCUGAACGCCAUCAACAACGCUGAGAAGGCCGGCAUGCGCCAGGUCCUCAUCAGACCUAGCUCCAAGGUCAUUGUUAAGUUUCUGAGUGUUAUGCAGAAGCAUGGCUACAUUGGCGAGUUUGAGGAGGUCGAUGACCACCGCUCUGGCAAGAUCGUCAUCCAGCUCAAUGGACGUCUCAACAAGACCGGUGUUAUCUCCCCCCGCUACAACGUCCAGCUCCGUGACCUCGAGAAGUGGGUUGUCAGACUCCUUCCAUCCCGUCAGUUCGGUUACAUUGUCCUGACCACCUCUGCUGGUAUCAUGGACCACGAGGAGGCCAGACGCAAGCACGUUGCUGGCAAGAUCAUCGGAUUCUUCUAUUAGAUCAAGCCAUCUAGCCAUGAAUAAAAGUUUCUUAUGAUAUUUUUAGCAGGUCCUUAGGUUCGGAGCGAAUAGUGAAUUUCUUUACUACUGGCUAAUACUUGUACUACUUCCCUGCGGGGUAUCUGCUAUACUUGUAAUGAGAACCGCGUCAUCCAUCCUACUACUUUGGGUUGUAUUGUGUAGAUAGCCUGUCCUUCAUAUCGUAUUUGACAAUCGAAGACUCUUGGCCUCUCUACGUAGUAGUUUCUGCUCUGCUGGUCAUUGGUCGCGGUAACUGUGAGACCCAGAACCACCGCCAAUGAGCCGAGGUGUUUGGUUCACCGCCUAUAUAGCCGGUUAUUCUGCCGGGCAUUAUAUCAACAGAAC